UCUCUACUCCACAUUCUGCUGCCGAUAUGGCUAGGAUGCAGACGUUCAUCCCCGUACUCAUCGCAUUGAUGAGUACACUCGUCACUACCGAAUUUCAUAAUGAAACAGAAAGGGAGUAUGAGAUAUUCUUCAAUCGCGGAUUUAAACAGUCUCGUGUGAAAUCCCCACCGGGAGAUAAAUCUAAAGUGGACGUUUUAGGUAGUGUGUUGAAGAGGCACGUGGCAUCACUACGAAAAACCACCAACAAACAAGUGGAGUUGGUGUUUCUGGUGGACAGUUCCGCAUCGGUGGGGGCCGAAAACUUUUUCAACGAGUUGAAGUUUGUAAAAAAAUUGUUGGCCGAUUUUACCGUGGCUUAUAACCAAACUCGUGUAGCAGUCAUUACUUUCAGCUCCAGAAACCGAGUGGUAAAACACUUAGACCAUUUGACUCAACCGUCCAUAAAUAACCACAAAUGUGUUUUGCUGGAGAAACAAUUGCCUAAAAUCUCCUAUUCGGGAGGAGGUACUUAUACUUUAGGUGCUAUGCUUCAGGCUCAGGAAGUACUGGAACAUGCUCGUAAAACUGCAACCAAAGCUGUAUUCCUCAUAACAGAUGGAUAUUCGAAUGGAGGAGAUCCUAGGCCGGCUGCUAAAACGCUACGUGAUGAAGGUGUUCGUAUAUUUACAUUUGGAAUUCAGAACGGAAAUGUUCGAGAGUUAUAUGACAUGGCGUCUGAUCCACCCGAAGAACACAGCUACAUUCUGGACAGCUUCGAAGAAUUUGAAGCUUUAGCAAGAAGAGCAUUGCACGAAGAUUUGCACAUUGGAAAUUAUUUGCCACAAGAUUCUUCGGCUUGUUCGAGAUUGUGUCCAGAAGGAGGUGAUUGUUGUGAUAAAGAUGCUCAGUGUACAUGUGGAACUCAUACGGGAUAUUAUGCUUGCCUUUGUCGAAAAGGAUAUUUUGGGAAUGGAUUAAAUGGAGAUUGCCAUCCUUGUCCGCCAGCAACUUAUUGGAAUAACAGUGGUCCUGGAGAUUUAUCCUCAUGUCUGCCAUGUCCUGAUGUAAAUCAUUAUUCUGAACCAGGAAGUACUAGUCCCAUUGAUUGCAAAUGCAAAAGUGGUUAUCAAGAAGUGAAUAAACAAUGUGUAGUUUUGAAAUGUCCCCAUUUAAAGCCUCCGAAACAUGGUUUCUUUGUAAAUGACUACUGUAAUAAUGUUUUUAAUGCUGCCUGUGGCAUUAGGUGUGAACCAGGUUAUAAACUGGUUGGUAGCAGUAUUCGGCUUUGUGCAGAAAAUGGUAGUUGGACCGGAGAAGAUGCUACUUGUGAAAGUAUGUGUUUUAAUUAUGGUAUUUUGUAUUACAAAUUUAAUAUUGUUAUAUUGAAAAAUUAAUUGUUUGUAACAAAAUACAGAAACUGAAGGGAAUGUCAGGAAAUUUAUUCACACACCUUACAUCCAUUGCUGGAGUUGAUUUCUAAAGUGUGAAUUUAUUUUCUGUUAAUUCCCUUGCUUUAUGUUAACACAACUUUUUCAUUUUUAUCCAAUAUUUAACAGUAAUUAAAAUAUAACUAGCAGGAACCCAUUGAAAUUGACAGUUUUAUUCAAUUAAAAUAUGAUCAAUGUGUUCAUGCAAUUAUUUUACUAAUA